AAUAAAAUACCUACCUUAUGAAUGUGAGUUACAAUAUAGAGUUACAUUAAACAAACUCAAAUAUUAAUAACUAACUCAACUCUUAUAUUAUUGACUCUGUCACUCUCACCAUUGCUCUGCUCAUUGCAUCUUCUCUUAUUCUUCCAACUUCCAUUUAUAUAAAUAAAUACCAAUACAGUUGCACCCUCCGUCACCGUUACUCAACCGCCAUUUCUUUCGUUGGAUUCUGUUUGAUUUGAUCCAUGAUUGUAUGAAUCUUGAAGUUCAUGAUCUAGUUGUGGCGUUGGAAGAGUUUGUUGCUUAGUCAAACUGUGUAGUUUUUUGUGUUAUUUGAAUGUGAAGUUCUGUUUUGAUUAGUGGCGGUUUUAGUUUUUGAUUUGGUGAAUAGUUAGUUUGAGGUGAAAUCAAAGUUUGGAGUGAUUUCGAGAUUUCGGAGUGAAGUUUUUUGACAAUGCCAACUUUUAGAGGAAAAGUUAGGGUUGGAGUUUUGAUUGUUGUGGUGGUAGGGGUUUGUCUGGCUGCUUUGUAUGGUUUUUUGAAACCGAUUUCGAAUGGAUGUGUCAUGACUUAUAUGUAUCCGACAUACAUUCCGAUUACGUCUUUGGAAAGUGUUACGCCGGUGAAGUAUGGAUUGUAUUUGUAUCAUGAAGGUUGGAAAAAGAUUGAUUAUAGGGAGCAUCUUAAAAAGCUUAGUGGUGUGCCUGUUCUUUUCAUCCCUGGCAAUGGUGGUAGCUACAAACAGGUGCGGUCUUUGGCAGCAGAAUCUGAUAGGGCAUAUCAAAAUGGUCCCCUUGAGCAUUCAUUUUACCAAGAAGCUUCCCUAAUACCCGAAGAAGGAAAUGCUGGUUUCCAAUUACCUAACCAGUAUACUAGCAGGCUUGACUGGUUUGCCGUUGAUCUUGAAGGUGAACAUUCUGCCAUGGAUGGUGCAAUUCUUGCAGAACACGCUGAAUAUGUUGUAUAUGCUAUACACAAGAUUUUGGACCAAUAUAAAGUUUCUUAUGAUGCUCGAACAAGAGAAGGUGCUGCUGCAAGUUCCGGAAGUUUGCCCAAAAAUGUGAUAUUGGUUGGCCACUCUAUGGGCGGUUUUGUUGCUAGAGCCGCUGUUGUUCAUCCCCAUCUUAGGAAAUCAGCAGUUCAAACUGUUCUUACACUUUCAACCCCACAUCAAUCACCUCCUGUGGCAUUGCAGCCUUCCUUGGGUCAUUACUUUGCACGUGUAAAUUCAGAAUGGAGAGAAGCAUACAAGGCUCAAACCACUAACACAGGACGGUUUGUGUCUAGUCCCGCACUCUCUGACGUUGUUGUUGUAUCUAUUUCUGGUGCAUAUAAUGAUUACCAGGUACGAUCGAAGUUAGCAUCACUUGAUAAUAUUGUGCCACCAACACAUGGCUUCAUGAUUAGCAGUACAGCCAUGAGAAAUGUGUGGUUGUCAAUGGAACAUCAGGCUAUAAUGUGGUGUAAUCAACUGGUUGUUCAAGUAUCACACACACUUCUUAGUUUGAUAGAUGUCAGAAAUGGACAACCUCUUCCUGAUUCUCGUAAGAGGCUUGAAGUUUUUGCAAGAAUGCUGCGGAGUGGAAUAUCACAUAAUUUCAAUCGGAUGAUGCAAUUACCCUCUUCUGGAUCUCAAAUGCACAGGUUAGUUACAUGUCCUCAGAAUAUUCAUUGGAAUGAUGAGGGCCUUGACAGAGACCUAUACAUUCCGAUAAAUGAGGUGACUGUAUUAGCAAUGGAUGGUCGAAGGCGGUGGUUGGACAUAAAACAAUUGGGUUCAAAUGGAAAAAGUCAUUUUGUGUUAGUGACCAAUCUUGAGCCAUGUUCUGGCAUCAGACUUCAUUUGUGGCCUGAAAAGGGGAAUUUGGCUUCAAGUUUGCCUCUCAAUGACAGGGUUAUGGAAGUAACAUCUAAGAUGAUGCGUAUUCCCUCAGGUCCAGCACCACGGCAGCCUGAACCUGGCAGUCAAACCGAGCAACCUCCUCCAUCUGCUGUAUUUUGGCUAGGACCUGAAGAUAUGCAUGGGUUCAGAUUUUUAACAAUCUCAGUUGCACCUCGUCCGACUGUUUCAGGAAGACCGCCACCAGCGGCAUCCAUGGCAGUUGGACAGUUCUUCAACCCAGAGGAAGGAAAUAAAGAUUUAUCUCCAUGGUUUAUGCUCCAAUCUACCUAUUCUCAAAAGGAGUUGCUGUUGGAGGAAGCUCAUCCUCUAGCUGUUAAAUUAUCAUUUUCCAUUAGCUCGGGCCUUCUUCCUGUUACUUUGUCUAUGAAUACUGUUGGUUGUGGAAUUAAAAACUCUGGACUUCCAGAAGAAGAGGCUGGAGACCUUGAAAGUAGUAGGCUCUGUAAAUUGCGUUGUUUUCCACCUGUUGCACUUGCUUGGGAUAACAUAUCUGGACUUCAUAUAUACCCAAAUUUGAACAGUGAAACUAUUUUUGUUGAUUCCUCACCAGCACAGUGGAGUUCCACUCAGCAAUCUGAUAAAACCAUUGUUCUUCUGCUGGUUGACCCACAUUGCUCUUAUAAAAGUAGCAUUUCAAUUUCUGUCAGUGCUGCUGCAAGUAGGCUUCUGCUAAUGUAUAGUUCGAAGAUUGUUGGUUUCUCCAUUGCUGUUGUUUUCUUUGCUCUAAUGCAGCAAGCAUAUUCUUGGGAUCGUAAUCUACACAUACCGUCAAUGCUGACAGCUGUCGAAUCUAAUUUGACACUAAUGUCACAUUUCUUUCCCCUAGCCGUUCUACCUAUUUUCUUCGCCUUCAUCUUUUCCUUCUUUAUGUCUCAACCAUUUCCUCCAUUUGCUAGCUUCACCAGCAUCUCUCUAAUUUGUUAUAUCUUUGCAAACGGGUUGGUAGCCAUUCUAAUUUUGAUAUCUCACUUGGUGUUCUUUGUGGCUGCUGUUACACAUAUUUUCAUCAAGGCAAGGUGGCAAAUGUGGGAAUACAAUGCUCAAUUGAUAUUUCUUCAAAGGUUCUUUAAUCGUUCAUCGAGUUUCUUUUCUCUUAAGGUGGUUCGGGCUCUAAGAGCAAAUCCAGUACUUGUUACAUUCUUUAUUGCGAUGGUCUUUGCAUGCUUGGUUCACCCAGCAUUUGGUCUGCUUAUACUUCUCUUAGCUCAUUUUUUCUGCUGUCACAAUGCAUUAUGCAGUUUCCUGACAGCAUCAUGUCGCGGCCAUGAACAAAAUAAUGAAACCGUCGAUUGUAAUGGUGAUCACUACAAGGUGUCUGAAAGACAGACAUACAAUUUUGAUGGUAGUUUUAACCGGACUUUUCCUUCAGAAGACAACUCCAACAAUCCAGACUUGUCAAAGAGUUUUGGUGAAGCACAAUUGGAUGUGUUUCACCAUCGCCAUGGUUUGUUGAUAUUGCAUCUUCUUGCAACAAUGAUGUUUGCGCCAUCUGUUGUAGCUUGGUUCCAGAGACUGGCGAUGGGUGAGAGCCUCCCAUGGCUCUUGGAUUCAGUACUUGUCAUUGGAGUCAUACUUCAUGGCAUCUGCAAUUCAAAGCCUGAGUUCAAUUCGUUCUUGUUGUCUAUCCCUGGGGUCCCAUUCCGCCAUGUUCGACUAUACGUUGUAUAUCUCAUAGCUGGAUAUUGGGCUUAUUUUUCUGGUCUUGCUUUGGCUCCGGACAGAGCAUUUUAUGCUAUGGCUUCUGUAGGGGGCAUUUCAUUUAUUUUAAGGAUGAUUCAUAGAAGGAUCGGGGAAACGAAAGAGGUCACCUACGGCAGCCGGAAACAUUCUCACCGGCACUGACACUUUCAAAAACCACUUUUUGUAGAAUCAGAUAAUAGGAUACCACAUUGUAAGUAUGUGUAUUUGUUUUUUGAUGAUGAUGGUGCACCUAGGUUGUUGCUGUCAAAUGUUUGAUAUUUCUUGUAAUACGAAUAUUAUUUCACGGUGUAAUGUGUUAUCCCAGCAGCAUUUCUCUGGGAACUGUUGUAACAUUUAGAUGGUUAGGCUUAGCAUGUUAUUUUUUAGCCAAAGCCUUUUCACAUGUAAAUCGAGGAUAUUGUUUUGUUUGCAAUUUUGUCUGAAUUUGAUGAAAGGUUUUUCUGACCUUUGAAGUGAUCA